GGACGCGGCUCCGGCCGCGGGUGCCGAGAGGUCGCCGGGCCACCCGCACCGCCGCCCCCCGCCUGACGCACGGAGGGGCCGGGACGCGAUUUGCCACGAGUGACUGGAGUCGCCGCCGCCGCCGCCGCCCGGGCCCGCUCCGCCCCCAGCCCGCCUUCCUCCCGCCGCGCCCUCCGCCUCCUCCCGCACCUCGCUAGCGUUCCCCUGUCCUCCCCAACGCCCCGGAGCCGCCGUCCGCUAGCGCGGGCGCCAGCCAGAAUUAAGGAAGUUCACUGGAGUAAAAUGGAGGCCUCUGUAAUAUUACCCAUUCUGAAGAAAAAACUAGCCUUCCUUUCAGGAGGAAAGGACAGACGGAGUGGCCUCAUUUUGACAAUUCCAUUAUGCCUCGAGCAGACAAAUAUGGAUGAGCUGAGUGUCACCUUAGACUACCUACUCAGCAUUCCAAGUGAGAAGUGUAAGGCUAGAGGAUUUACCGUCAUUGUGGAUGGCAGAAAAUCACAGUGGAAUGUGGUGAAAACAGUAGUUGUAAUGCUACAGAAUGUUGUUCCAGCUGAGGUGUCCCUUGUUUGUGUGGUAAAGCCAGAUGAAUUCUGGGAUAAGAAAGUAACACAUUUUUGUUUUUGGAAAGAAAAGGAUAGACUUGGCUUUGAGGUUAUUUUAGUGUCUGCCAACAAAUUGACUCGUUAUAUAGAACCAUGCCAAUUAACAGAAGAUUUUGGUGGGAGUCUUACCUAUGAUCACAUGGACUGGUUAAAUAAGAGGCUGGUUUUUGAGAAGUUUACAAAGGAAUCUACAUCAUUGUUAGAUGAACUUGCUUUGAUUAACAAUGGAAGUGAUAAAGGAAAUCAGCAAGAGAAAGAAAGGUCUGUGGAUUUAAACUUUCUUCCAUCGGUUGAUCCUGAAACAGUUCUUCAGACAGGGCAUGAAUUGUUAUCCGAAUUACAGCAGCGUCGAUUUAAUGGCUCAGAUGGAGGGGUGUCAUGGUCUCCUAUGGAUGAUGAACUGCUUGCACAGCCACAGGUUAUGAAAUUAUUAGAUUCACUCCGAGAGCAAUAUACCCGCUACCAGGAAGUUUGUAGGCAACGUAGCAAGCGCACACAGUUAGAAGAGAUUCAACAGAAAGUGAUGCAGGUUGUGAACUGGCUUGAAGGACCUGGAUCAGAACAACUAAGAGCGCAGUGGGGCAUUGGAGACUCCAUUAGGGCUUCCCAGGCCCUACAGCAGAAGCACGAAGAGAUUGAGAGCCAGCACAGUGUGAGAGACUUUUUCCUCUGCAAGUUACAAUGCUAUUAUGAACGUGGAUUGUCUCAGCAGUUGGAUGGCUUAUUAGGGAUGUUGUGCGUAGAUGUAGCACCAGCUGAUGGAGCAUCGAUUCAGCAAACUUUAAAACUGCUUGAAGAGAAGCUGAAAAGUGUUGAUGUGGGAUUGCAAGGUUUACGUGAAAAAGGUCAAGGUCUCCUGGAUCAGAUCUCCAAUCAGGCAUCCUGGGCCUAUGGAAAGGAUGUAACCAUUGAAAAUAAAGAAAAUGUGGACCACAUACAAGGAGUGAUGGAAGAUAUGCAACUUAGAAAACAAAGAUGUGAAGACAUGGUAGAUGUGCGAAGGUUAAAGAUGCUUCAGAUGGUGCAGUUGUUUAAAUGUGAAGAAGACGCUGCCCAGGCAGUAGAAUGGCUAAGUGAACUCCUGGAUGCUCUGCUUAAGACCCACAUCAGAUUGGGCGAUGAUGCUCAAGAAACGAAAGUUUUGCUGGAAAAGCAUAGAAAAUUUGUUGAUGUUGCACAGAGCACUUAUGACUACGGCAGGCAGUUGCUACAGGCUACAGUUGUGUUAUGCCAAUCUUUGCGCUGCACUUCUCGAUCAUCUGGGGAUACACUUCCUCGGUUGAACAGAGUAUGGAAACAAUUUACAAUAGCAUCUGAAGAGAGAGUACAUAGGUUGGAAAUGGCUAUUGCAUUUCACUCAAAUGCUGAAAAGAUUUUGCAGGACUGUCCAGAAGAGCCUGAAGCUAUUAAUGAUGAGGAGCAAUUUGAUGAAAUUGAAGCAGUUGGGAAAUCACUUUUGGAUAGAUUAACUGUUCCUGUAGUUUAUCCUGAUGGAACCGAACAAUAUUUUGGGAGUCCAAGUGACAUGGCUUCUACUGCAGAACACAUCAGAGACAGGAUGAAACUAGUUAGUCUCAAAAGGCAGCAGCUGAGACAUCCUGAAAUGGUGACCACAGAGAGCUAAUAGACACCAGCUACCUACAGAUUUGCAGUUCGUAAUCCCGCAUGUUGUCAACGUAAUAUAUAGCAUUAGCCACAACACAUUAAGAUGCAUUUCACAGCCAGAAUAAGCCUCAUUUCUUUUCAUGACAUUUCUCUCUACAUGUUAACACCUUGCUACUACUAAGGCAUAAUUAUUUAACAUGCUUCAAGGCUAUAAACUCUAAGUAUCUUAAAAGAAGGAACUAUAAACAUUGCACUGAAAACUUGCUUUAAAGCUUUAUUUGACCUGUCAGUUUGUAGAUGAACAACUGAUAAUAAGCUUUGAAUGGUGCUAAUAAGAGUAGGAGUUAUCUCUAUUUAAAAAAAAAAAAAAAAAGAUUGCCCUUCCUCCACUGGUGAUUUAGUAAAUUUAGACAGUAAACUCUUAUUAGUAGACAGUGGUGUCCUCAAAAAUUUACUUUGUAAUUCUUCAGAAUUGAUUAUUUUUAUUGUGUCAAUAUGAAGAAAACCUUUCAGAUCUUUGAUAUAUCAUAGUCAUUGAAAGACCUUUUCUUAUUUGUAUUGAUAAUGUAUUAAAAGUUGUUUGUGCUUAAUAAAAGACUUCUUUAAACAUCUUAUUUAAUUUAGUAGUUACAUCCUAUUUCCAAACAUGAGUGCCUUAUUUAAAAGGGCAUUCUUAGGACUGUGAGGAUGGUUUAGUAUUUGUUUUUUCAUGGUGGUUGCAUGUAUUUUAGACAGGAAAUUCAUAUGUAAGCAUGUAUAUAUAAUAAAUAAGCAUGUUUUAUCAUGAAAAAUUAUUGUGAAGAACAAUUUAGAUCUUUAAGAACUUAUUAAUAAUGGAAUAAGUUUCUCUUCUUCAACUUGAAAAAUAUUCUCAAAAUUAUUAACUACCCUGAAAAUACUUUGUCUUUAGGGGAGGAGGGCUGAGGAAGAAGGCAUACAUAAUUACUUCAGUGUAAUCCUUUAUAACAAAGUAAUCUUUCUGGAACUAAAAUAGCAAUUGUUAAUAAAAUUUAGUUUCUCAUUAUAGUCUAAAAGCAAAAUAAAUUCUGAAGUAGUCCAAUAACAGAACUGUAUGACUCCUUUAGAAAUAAAAUUUAUCAUGAAA